AUGCUCGUGAAACUGGAGUCAAAAACUUUUCUUAAGUCAACUUCACAGUUCAGGUUUUUGAUUUCAGUGAAGAACGCGACUAAAAUGGCUUUUAGGAGGAGAAACAAGAGCUAUCCGUUCUUCAGUCAAGAAUUUCUCAUUCAGAAUCAUGCUGAUAUCGUCUUUUGUUUGGUGGUUUUGAUUUUGAUCGGGUUGAUGUUUGAGGUGACUUCAAAAACAGCCUUCCAGUUCAUUCUUCCCCAGUAUAACACCAGCAUUCAAACACCAGAUGGCGAGGUAUCAUUCUAUCAUUAUGGAUGGAGAGACUGUUUCGCAAUCAUUUUCUACAUAUUUAUCACUCUUAUUCUGCAUGCAGUUGUACAAGAGUAUAUUCUAGAUAAAAUUAACCGAAGGCUUCACCUUUCCAAGAGUAAACAUACCAAGUUCAAUGAAUCAGGGCAGCUGAGUGUAUUUCACUUAGUGUCCUCCUUAUGGUGUCUCUACAUUCUAAUAACGGAGGGUUAUAUCUCAGAUUUGACCAGCCUCUGGGAGAACUACCCUCACAUACAAUUAAGAUUUCAAGUGAAGUUUUUCUACCUCUGUCAGCUGGCAUACUGGCUACAUGCAGUACCAGAAUUGUACUUUCAGAAAGUACGGAAGGAAGAAGUUCCUCGGCAACUUCUCAUUAUCGGUCUUUAUUUGUUGCACAUUUCAGCUGCUUAUCUUCUCAAUCUCACUCGACUAGGUCUAGUACUGCUAUUCUUACAGUAUAUUUCAGAGCUGGGCUUUCAUGUUGCAAAACUUUUCUACUUCACAGAUGAGAGCCACUGCAAACUGUUCAACAUUUGGGCAGUGGCAUUUAUUUUGACAAGGCUUUUCAUUCUUACUUUAUCCGUGUUGGUAGUGGGGUUUGGUCUGGCGAGAGUAGAGGUUCAAGGGUUCAGUCUAGAGACAGGCAACUUUAAUACAUUGCUUAUAAGAAUGGUGGUGCUUCUAGUUGUUUGCUUCACUCAAGCAUGGCUUCUUUGGAAAUUCAUUCAUUUUCAAUUGCGUCGCUGGAGGGAGUACUGUCAAGAGCAAGCGGCUCGUAAACGAGCAAAGCAGCAGGUUAAAGCUAUCAAACGAGAAACUGGAUACCAUGAAAAUGGAGUAGUCAAGCUGGAGAAUGGCACCUCUCCCAGGCCCAAGAAAAUGAAAUCUCCUUAAACCGAGGAUAUUUGCAGUUUUGGAUUUGAAAAUAAUGGAUAAGGAUCACGGUUUUAGCCAUGGCGGUGCUGAAUGCAUGAUAAAGAUAAUGAAAGUGCUGAAAUAUCAGUGCACUGCAUACCAGAUGAGAUCAGCAGUAAUGUACUGUGUACUUCUUACAGUCUCUCCAGUGACCAGAACUCUUCAAAAAUGGUCUCACAUCCCACAAAAGUCUUCCAAGCAGUGGUGCAAACUUACAUGAAAGUACAUCUGUCAAGAUGGCAAUUUAUGCCUUAUUUGCCCAAGGUGUGCUGUAGGACUGUGCUCUUGUUGGACCUUUAUUUCCAUUAAUAAGUUUUCCCAUAUCACUGCUUUAUAAUUGUUUAUCUGGCUACUGGAAAGCUGUGCCCUGCCAAACUGACAUUGCUCUGGUCUAUAAUUGCACUCAGUUAUCACUUGCACAAAAUAUGUUUGGCAUCAGGCAAGCGGCCAUCGGCCUAUUCCUAGUGUGGGGAAAUUUUGAGCGAUUGUUUUAGACAUAAUACCAUUGUCUUUUGGAACUGAAGGAACAGUGCACAAUUUGAAAAUGGAUGGCUAAUAACAAAUAAAAAUGAAUCUAACUGGAUGGCAUUGAAUCUGUAACCACAUGGUUCUCUGAUUUAAACCAUCAGACCUCCUACCUCACAGUCAAUCUUUUUCCAUUCAGCAUCCCUCACCUCUUAGUGCUUAUUAUAUGCUAGUUAGGGUAUAUUUUGAUCUGCUCUCCAUUGCAUUUAAACUUUACUUUUUUUGUAUUCCUUUGCCUUAAUAUUAUAUUUCACUGCUUUUCUUCACAUUGCUUAACUUGAUGAUGAAGAGUUGUGUCCACUUCCUUCACUGGUAUUGCACAGUUGUUGUUUAUCUGAAGUUCAAUAUAAAAUAGCACAUUUUAAUGUAUAAUUCACGCUGCCCUAUAACAUGUUUUCAUUAUUUACUUCACUGGUUUUCUUGCUUCCUGUCACCUCACCAAGUAGUUGUUAAGUACAUUCCCUCUGGUAUGUUGAAAAGGAAUACCCAAUCUGUAUGUCUUUUUUUAUUUGUGAUCUUUUAUUACAGGUAAUCGGUAUCCUUAAAAUACAAGCGUUUUGAGUGGGGAACCAUUUUGCUUGUGAAGUUGUUAGUAAGUAAUGCUUGUAAUUUCAUUACACAGUUUUAACUAUAGAGGCAUGCUUUGAAUUUCUGCUGAAAGAAAGCCUUUAUACUUCGACAAUGCCUGUGUCUUUUACUGGUUCAGUUUUUUAGUUCUGAGAUCAAAGACUUUUUCAUUGCCAUGUACUUUAUUGCUCUGGAACUAUAAAGAUGGUGCCUUAUUUUGUAAACCAAAAAGUGUUACUAAACUGUUGUACUGUUUUGAAUUCUGAAUGUGAAAUAUAAGGUGUAAGUUAUUGGUAGUAAAUUUUAUGUCAGUUUUGAGGUUUUAAACACCUUUAAGUGUAGACCACCUGUAGGUGUGCCUGACUUUGAUGUGACUGAUAAUCCAGGACACUGAAGUCGGACAUCUUACUUUUUUCAGUAUCUCAACCGAGAGGUGUUUCUGAAACAUCAAGUAGAAGAUUUAAACCUUCAGGCUGGAUUGAAUGAUUUGUAUAGCGUAAUGCCACUUUAGACUUUCAUUCAUCUUGUUUUUCAGUCCAGUUGUUUGAAAAGCAAAAGCCUGCAUAGUUUCUAAUAGUUACGAGAAAGUGAUCAUUUUUUUUGCAGCAGUUAGAUGCUGUUUAUAAUUUACGGACCAAAAUGUUUCAUUAAAAAGACAAAUAAAUAUGUACAGUAUAUAUUCAA